GAAAAACAAAUACAAACAAAAGAUGGUGCUCUUCGCUUUAACAUCUUCUUCUCCAAAGCUAAAACAACAUUCACACCGGAGCUUCUCUGAGUCUCUGAUAGAAGACAACAUCGAAGACGCUGCAACCAUAAUUCACCAAUGGAUUUCGCCAGACUCUUCUUCCUUCUGCUGCACCUUCUCCCUCUUCUCCAACAAAAACAGAGAAGAAGCUAAACGAUUCAUCGGAGCUGUCACAACCUUACACUCCACAAUGACCAAGCUCGUCUCCGUGAACCCUUCAUCAGCAAAGCUUAUCCGAGCAGAGAGUCUACUAAAGAUCUCCAUGAAUCAUCUAUCAAAAGAGUUCUACAGAAUCCUAAAAUCAAACCGACGCUACCUUGAUCCAGAAUCCGUCUCCGUCCGUUCAAGAAACUCUUCAAGAAACGACGAUGCAGAAGCCAUGGAGGAUCUCAAGAUGAUCGCUGACUGCAUGACGUCAUCAGGAUACGGUAAAGAAUGCUUCAAGAUAUACAAAAAGAUCCGUAAGUCCAUCAUCGUGGAAGCUUUGGAAAAUCUAGGGUUCGAGAAUCUGACUCUCUCGCAGGUUCAGAAACUCGAGUGGGAGGUCAUGGAGAAGAAGGUCAGAGUAUGGUUACGAACGGUGAGAAAAGCGGUUACGACUCUGUUUUACGGUGAAAGGAUCCUCUCCGAUCACGUCUUCUCCUCCUCCGCCGCGAUUCGAGAAUCUUCGUUCGCUGAGAUCACUCUACAGAGCGCUUUAGCUUUGUUCUCUUUCCCGGGAAACAUGGCGAAAUCUCGGAAAACGCCUGAGAAAAUCUUCCUCACUCUCGACGUUUACCAGUCGAUCGUCGAGCUUACGCCGAGAAUCGAAGAGGUUUUCAGUUACGAUUCGACGUCUUCCGUCAAAUCGCUGAUCGCCGGAGCCGUAGAAAGCCUCGAGGAAGCGGUUAUCUCAAUGCUCGACGAGUUCGAGUCGUCGAUUUCGAAGGAAUCUUCGAAAUCGAUAAUCUCUAACGGCGGAAUCCACCAGCUUACGAGAUACGUCAUGAACUACAUCGUCUUCCUCGCCGAUUACAGCGACACGCUCGCUAACAUCAUCCCCGAAACGUCGUCGUUCUCUUUACCUGAGGGAGAUGAUGAAGCCACGUCAUCGUCAUCGCCGCUCGCGAAACGAAUCUCGUGGCUGAUUCUCUUCCUACUCUGCAAGAUCGACGCGAAGUCUCGUCUCUACAACGACGUGGCGCUCUCGUACCUCUUCUUGAUCAACAAUCUCAACUACGUCGUGGUUAAGGUCCGUACGUCGAAUCUAAAGGAGGUUCUGAGCGAGGCUUGGCUGGAGAAGCACGAAGGGAAGGUGAAGAAGUACGUCGCGAAAUUCGAGGAGAUUGUGUGGGGAGAAGUGAUGAUGACGUCAGUUGCGACGGAGGAAGAGGCGGAGGAGUUUGUUAGACGGUUUAGUGACCGGUUCGAGGAAGCGUAUAAGAGGCAAACCGGUUGGGUUGUACCGGAUUCGAAAUUGAGAGACGAGAUUAAAGUUUCGGUUGCCACGAUGCUUAUACCUGCUUACACGGAGUUUUACGAAAAGUACCGGGUCGGGUUAUGGAAGAAUGUCGGAUUUGGCCCUGAUGAUAUCGGGAAUUAUAUCUCGGAUCUGUAUUUUGGGUCGGGUGGAUCCGGGAGCGUUUCGUCGGUUCAUUCUUCGGACUCUUAUGUUUGACAUAUGUUGAUAUUAGUAAAGUAGUAAAUCUAUGCUGUGAUUAUUUGAGUCUUUUACUUCAUUCGGAUAUCUGUAAUUAUUAUUAUUUUUUAAAUCAGUGAUAUACUUUGAUUAGAAGUUAGAUGCAUGGACAUCAAUCAAUAAUCAUAU